AUGGCACAACGACAAAACCACGGUGGUAAUCAUUUUGUGCCCAAUGCUCAUGGCGGAAGAAAUGGCAAUGGAUUUAUGCGAAGAGCCCGGGCAGUUCAUAAUAGACUCAAUACACCUCUUCAUCCAAGUUUAGACGGAAAAGGCAUUGAUGUGGACAUUCCCGACUUUGUAGAUCGAUGUGAAAAUGGAAAUGGAUUCAAAGUAGGCGCAGAGAUGACUGGUCCACGAACCAUCAAAGAGGAAGAUCGAGUAGGAAUUUCUAUUUGGCAAGCACAUGGUUGUCCGCAUGAAAAUUUUGGUACUGCUCAUGACUUGGGAAGACUCGAGGGUGCCAUAGAUGGUGUGGGGGUUAGAUACGAAGCUUGUGGAUUGGCAUCAAAUAUAGCAGUUGGUCCGAUUGAUAUAGGUGCAAAGGUUGGAACGGCAGAGUUAGGUGGAAAGGUUUGGGAACCUGGCGUGGGUCUCGAUGCUGGAUUUAAAGCUAAUGCGAGUGCUUUAGAAUUGCGUGGUGGUCCUGUCACUGCUAAUUUGGGUGUGGGAUAUGAUACCGGUGUGAAGAUCGGAAAGGAGGGUGUUGGAGUAGAAGUUCUCGGUACGGGUGUUCAAAUUGGCCGUACUACUAAGGUCUCCUUAUUUGGAUCAAGCUUUUCACUCAAGUUAUGGUGA